UCAUUUUCCGUACUGUCCUCGGGGUCAGAAGCACUGUCCACAGAGGGAGCUGGGGCUCAGAGAAGUCCAGUGAGCCAUUCCAGGACACGCUCUCCUGGUUUGGGAUCAAGAACCAGGUCUUAUGACCCGAGGGCCAUGCUCUUCCUUGUGGAGGGCAGUCACUGUGAGGCAGAGGGUGCCAGACAGUGUCCACAGCCAGGCCACGUGCAUGCCUGGUCUCCUUGGUCAGGUGGCACGUCCGGCCCCUGGGUGCGCAGCGCCGGCCUCACUUUACGACAAGCACAGCCUAUGCCCACUGCCCUACCUGGAGGCAGUGGUGGGAAGCACCCUUUUGCCCCCUUCAUAGCCCCUCAGCAUGGGGCGUCAGCUCAACUGGGCACAGGGCUGUCCUCUUCCAGCCUCCAUGGGGUCUCAGCCCUGACUCCCUCAGAUGUACACAUCGUCUGGUAAUUACCCAGCUGACAGCGCCCAGUGGCGAGCCCACACCCUCACCGUGCUGUUCAUCCUCACCUGUGCACUUGGCUACGUGACCCUGCUGGAGGAGACGCCUCAGGACACAGCCUACAACACCAAGAGAGGUAUUGUGGCCAGUAUUUUGGUUUUCUUAUGUUUUGGAGUCACCCAAGCUAAAGACGGGCCAUUUUCCAGACCUCACCCAGCUUACUGGCGGUUCUGGCUCUGCGUGAGUGUGCUCUACGAGCUGCUUCUCAUCUUCAUCCUCUUCCAGACUGUCCACGAUGGCCGGCAGUUUCUGAAGUACAUCGACCCCAGGCUAGGGGUCCCACUGCCAGAGAGGGACUAUGGGGGAAACUGCCUCAUCUAUGAUCCGGACAACAAGACCGACCCCUUCCACAACGUCUGGGACAAGCUGGACGGCUUUGUUCCUGCGCAUUUCCUUGGCUGGUACCUGAAGACGCUGAUGAUCCGGGACUGGUGGAUGUGCAUGAUCAUCAGCGUGAUGUUCGAGUUCCUAGAGUACAGCCUGGAGCACCAGCUGCCCAACUUCAGCGAGUGCUGGUGGGACCACUGGAUCAUGGACGUGCUUGUGUGCAACGGGCUGGGCAUCUACUGCGGUAUGAAGACGCUCGAGUGGCUGUCCCUGAAGACAUACAAGUGGCAGGGUCUCUGGAACAUUCCCACCUACAAGGGCAAGAUGAAGAGAAUAGCCUUCCAGUUCACGCCCUACAGCUGGGUCCGCUUCGAGUGGAAGCCCGCCUCCAACCUGCGCCGCUGGCUGGCCGUGUGCGGCAUCAUCCUGGUGUUCCUGCUGGCGGAACUGAACACGUUCUACCUGAAGUUUGUGCUGUGGAUGCCCCCAGAGCACUACCUGGUCCUCCUCCGGCUGGUCUUCUUCGUGAACGUGGGCGGCGUGGCCAUGCGUGAGAUCUACGACUUCAUGGACGACCCGAGGUUCCACAAGAAGCUGGGCCAGCAGGCCUGGCUGGUGGCGGCCAUCACUGUCACGGAGCUGCUGAUCGUGGUCAAGUACGACCCACACACGCUCACCCUGUCGCUGCCUUUCUACAUCUCCCAGUGCUGGACGCUCGGCUCCGUGCUGGUGCUCACCUGGACCGUGUGGCGCUUCUUCCUAAGGGACAUCACCCUGCGGUAUAAAGAGAUCCGGCGGCAGAAGCAGGAGAGCCAGAGCAACAAGGGCAAGGCUGUCAGCAAUGGGGACGGCCAUUCGCCGGGGCUGGAGGAUGACCUGCCGGAGCCCGAGGGGGUGGGAGAGCCAGCUCCGAACUGAUGCUGCCACCUGGCCAGCACCCACGGCUGCCUACCCGUCUUCCUCACCCGGCCUCCUCAUGUGUGGCCCCAGAGCCAAAACAUGCCUUCGGCCGUUCAGUCUCUCAUUACCUUCUUCCCAGCAGAAGCCCCUGCUCCCUGAGGCGGCUCUGAGAGGUGGGGUCAGAGAGGCCCCCAUCCUGGGCUUUGGCUGUGUGUGGGCGUGCCAGUGUGUGUUCAACUGUGUGUGUGUAUACUUCUGUGUCUGCAUGUGUGCUUGCGUGUACGUGUGUGUGUGUGUACACAUACAUGUGUGUGCACACACCUGUGUGUUCUUUGUCCAUGAGUGUCUGGGGCUGUGAGCUGGGUGGUGGGCUCGGGUUGCUUGAGGGGCAGAGUCCUGUGGCGCCACUCCUACAUCCCUCCUACGCCCCUUGCGCAGGGGCCGCCAUUCCUGUGGCCCCCCAGUUAGCUCUGAGACUGGGCGGCCGUGUGGUGGGGGACAGAGGCCCCUGGGUGUCCACACAGGCUCUGCCGGCCCCAAGGCUCCAAGUGCACCUCCAAUGGACUCCUGGCAGCACGGUGUGAGGGGGGUGGCUAUGACAUCCUAAGAUCCCUAGAAUCGGGUGGGUCCAAGGGGGACACCAAGUCGUUUUCUAUAGAGCGUUUAUGUAGCAGGCUCUGAGUGGGGGCCAGAGGACAGGUGGGCUGUCUCUCUCGGGCACCCCCCCACCGUGAGCAAAGAGAACAAAUAAAGCAGUGAC